GGUUCAAAGCACGCACACAAGCAGGAGGGGUGCAAGUGCGUGCGUCGCCUGGCUGGCAUCAGUGAAUGCAACCCACGUUCGACCCAUACCGUUGCGAAUUGAUCCAUCAGUGCCAAGAAGCUUCGUAAGGUUACAAUCAGGUCGUAUGCGCGUGUUUAUUGUAGAACAAAGCAUUCUUUGACGACAAUAACGCAACCAGAAUUAAAAGACCUUCUGUUUUAUGCAAUAACGAAAGCCAAAACGGUCCGCAAAAAGAGAAAAUAGUGGAAGUGGAGGUCGAGAGAGAAGAUACCCUCCGCACUUGAAGCAACAAGAAAUCACUUUAAUUUCGGUAUGUUGAUCACGUAUCACUGUAAUCCAGUCGAUUCAUUAAUUAUAUUAACUCGCAUUUUCUCCGUGGAGACGGCAAUAAAGAACGGACUGUUCGCUGCCACUGCGUCUUCAAGAGCAAAUAAUUUGAAAGAUUGGACGAGACCGAUCUGAGGAUGCUGCGAUUGAGAGAAUGACUGUCGUCCUACCCUUGAUAUUGUCAGUCAAAUUGCAGCUGUGAAUACAAAGCAGACAUGCUUUCGAAGUACAGAUUUUUCCUGCUGCUCGCUUGCACGGGAUGCGUUCUGUUGUUCGUCGCAUUCGUGGAAAGAGGCUUGCGGCCACGGGCUCCGAAGGUAAACUUAAUACAGCUUGAAACGGUACGCGGGUUGUCAUCCGGCGGGUCGUCGGGUGCCUGCAGAAUCGUAAUCGAGCCACCGUGCAACGCUACUUUCCUGAUCUGGCUCGUCACGUCUUACGCGGGUGAGCCCACGGCGAGAAGCGCCCUACGGCGAGCCUACGCGGACGAGGAGUUGCGAGCUCUGGGGAUCAGAAGAGUAUUCUUGCUCGGCAAGCUAAGUGGCGACGCCGAGAGGAAGACGCGCGUGGCGCAGAACGCGCUGCUGGACGAGUCGCGACGGUACAACGACAUACUUCAGGGUGACUUUGCGGACACUUACAGAAACUUGACUCGCAAGCACCUCAUGGGCCUCCGCUGGGCGGUGGACACUUGCAGGGACGUUAGAUACAUCGUGAAGAUGGACGACGAUAUCGUCGUCAACGUAUACGGCAUACUGGAGGGGCUGCGCUCGGGUAAGAUGGAGGAGAACUCCCUGACUGGUUGCCUCCUGACGAACAUGGUCCCCAUUCGAGAGCCAGCCAGCAAGUGGUACGUGAGCGAGGCGGAAUACGCGGGUAGCGUUUAUCCCGACUUCGUCUCCGGCUGGCUGUACAUCACGCGUCCGCGGGUGGCGAGUCGAUUAAUCGAUCACGCCGAGUCUUCCCGCGAGUACUUUUGGAUAGACGACGUGUUCGUCACCGGUAUCCUGAGGCGUGCUUUAAACAUCAAGAUUCAAGAUAUCAGCGAUUUGUUCACGACGGACCACCGGUACUUGGAAUGUUGCAUAAGAGGACGGGCGAGCCGGCUCAAGUGCGAAUUCCUGGUUGGUCCCAACGGCGGUGACGCCGAGCUGCAAGUGAGAUUCAAGGAGUUCGCCGAGUUCUGCCAGGCAAACUGUUCCGUCCGCGAGGAGAGCAAUCUCGUUGGCAACACCUGCGUGCUGGCGUACGAAGGGCCGAGUCUGUACAAAGGCGCCGUACAGAUACAUCCAGUCAGAAUUUCGUGAAGGAACAAUAGGCGGACCGAUGGGAUUGAUAACGCUUUUGGAUAGGCAACGUGUUUGUUGUCGGCAUCCCUAAACAUGAAGAUUCGAAACAUUAGCGAGUUGUAUACGACGGACCACGGAUACUUGAAAUGUUGUGCAAGAGGCCGGGCGAGUCUGCUGAAGUGUGAACUCCUGGUUGUUCCUAACGGCGGCGACGCCGAGCUGCAAGUGUGAUUCAAGGAGUUCGCCGAGUUUCUGCUAGGCAAACUAUUCCGUCCGCGAGAGCAAUCUCGUUGGCAAGACCCGCGUGCUGGUGUACAAAGGCGCCGUACAGAUAAACCCAGUCAGAAUUUCAUGAAAGACCAACAGGCGGACCAACGAGAUCGAGAUCUCGCUUCGAUUAUUACAGAGAAUAUUUUCUAUUUAUUACUGUAUAUAAAAUUUGUACAGUUUACUAUAUAGCUUCGUAAAAUCGUAGUUUACUUUACCUAUCUUUUUAUGCGUCAAUAAUUAUACGAUAGUUGCUACAUCACAGUCCUAUACAUAUGUGACAUACAGGGUUGUUUACAUCAAAACUGGCGAAACACAAACAAAAAUUUUUUAGUCUACAUUUUCAGCACACACAAAAAAAACCAAUAUCUUGACGUUUUCUCAAAAAUCUUUUAAGCAGUCCUUGAUGAACAUCCCCUAUCCCUUAUUCGUUACCGAAAACAAAAUUUAAGGUGACUGUUCAUUACUUAUCGUUGACAAAAAAAAA